UCCUCGGAAAUGGCAUGCCGUAAAUUGUUUCGCGUUCUUCAAAAUAAUCAUCCAGCUCUAAAACGGAGCAUUGCCAUGUCGCGCUCACUACGCUCCACCGAGGAAGCCGUGGAGAAGCUGAAGGAAAGCAAUCCCUACUAUUGGAAGUAUGCGGAAAAGAUUGCCAAGAUUCAGCAGACGUCUGCCGAGGAGUUCCUGGAUCGUGUUGAGCGCGUCGUGAAUCCAAUUAAGGAUGGCCAAAUCCAGGCCAGGACUUAUUCCGAGCUGUUGAACCCCAAAGAGGAGCUGGCCAAGCAAGAAGCGGCUGAGCUGCCACACAAGAAACUGUCGGACAUCAUGAAGCUCGAACUGCUGGCCGACAAAAGCGCAGAGGAGUUAUCGCAGAUCUGGAUCGAGUACCACAAGACCAAGGAUGUGCUGGCAGCCACCCUAACCAAGGCUCAGUACGAAACCUUGAUGGGCCGCGCCAAGGAGCAUCCAAUUUUCCUGCUGCCAUUGCCGCGCAGCGAGGGAUUCGAGUUUUUCUUGCUGCAGUUUGCAGCCAACACGGUUCACUUCACUCCACUGCUGGCCUACCAGGUGCAUCACGAGAAUGCCCCCGAGUGCCUAACAGUGGUUCAUUACACUGAGGUGCAGGACAAGGGCGUGGUGCUGAUGCGCGGUGAAUACGACACUAAGGUACUGACCGCUCAAGAGGCCCAGUGCCUGGCGAACGAGCUGCAGAUGUUCUACUAUAAGACAGACGAGAGCAAGAUGAAGCUCCUGGAGACCUUUACCAAGCGUCCCGAUGAGUUCAAGCACACGGAUCUCAUCAAGGAGGUAGAAAACAUUCAGCUGGCAUAGACACUGACAAAUUCGUCAAAAUAAAAAUACGAUAAAUAAACGGUAGCUGCACGUCUA